AUGCUGUUUCAUAAGAUUCUAUUUCUUUCUAUCUAUCUAUCUAUUUAUCGCUUAUCUAUCUGCUUGGUUUGUUCAUAUCUAUCUAUCUAUCUAUCUAUCUAUCUAUCUAUCUAUCUAUCUAUCUCAUUCUGUUCAUAUCUAUCUAUCUAUCUAUCGAUCUAUCUAAUAUCUAUCUCAGUUCAUUUAAAUCUAUCUAUCUAUCUAUCUAUCUAUCUAUCUAUCUAUCUAUCUAUCUAUCUAUCAUUUUUGAAAAUCUAUCUAUUUCAAUCCAUCCAUAUCUAUCUAUCUAUCUAUCUAUCUAUCUAUCUAUCUGUUUUAUCUAUUCAUAUCUAUCUACCUAUCUAUCGGGUUAGGUUUGUUCAUAUCUAUCUGUUUAUCUAUCUAUGUUUGUGCAUAUCUAUCCAUAUAUCUAUUGAUUUUUUUCAAUCCCAUUCUUCUCUGAACGGAUACAUUCAGUCUUGCAUUUCUUUCUUUUUCCCUAUUAAAACUCUUCUUCUUUUCCCAUCUUUACCACCCUCUCUUAUUUCCUGUUGUUCUCUUCUUCUUUUUUGCUUUCCCUCAUCUAUAAUUUCUCAUUCCUCCUCAUUCUUCAAUCACUCAUCAUCUUCCUUUUUUUUGUCUUUUAUUCUUGAUAAAGAUUUUCUCCAUUUUCUGCUUUUUUCCUUCUUCCUCUUUCUUCUUUAUAUCUCUGCCUUUUUUUUUUCCUUUUUCUUUAUUAUUAAUCUCACCGCUACUCUCCCUUGGUCUCUCUCUCUCUCUCUCUCUUGCUGUUUUUCUCUCCAUUUCUUUCUUUCCUUCUUUCUUUUCUUUUCUUCUUUCUUUCUUUCUUUCUUUCUUUCUUUCUUUCUUAUUUGUUUGUUUGUUUCUACCUUUCUUUCCUUCCUUCCGUUUUGA